AAGGGGGUGGAAGUCUAAGUGGUGAGGAGUGGAACUGUCACUCGGUUGUAUAUCUGACACCAUGGUUGUCCUGCGCAGCGGUAAGAGCACCACCCCGUACACCAAAGAGCAAGAAGAGAAAGUCGCCGCCAUCCUGAGAGAGAAGAAGGAGAAGAUGGAGAACGGGGAGCUUAUUAAACAGGCAAAGAUGCUGGCCAUGAUGGAGGAGCAAAAGGCCAAGCAGAAGCAAAUGGAGGAGUUUCAAAAGUGGAAAAAGGAACACGAGGAGAAAUUGGCAGCAAUAGAGUCAGAGACAGAAGAAGAAGUAGAGGUACCACUGGAAAGGAGAGGAAGAACAGAAGAGAGAGGGGAAUCCAGUGGAGCGCGGGAGACAGAAGCCCAGAUGGAGGCAGACGCUAAGAUGGAGAGGUUGGUGAACGAGUGGGUAGCCAAAUUGGCCUUGGGGGAGGAGGACGAAGCAUUGUUGUUUGCCCCUCAGGCAGAGUGGGAACAGUUUGCUAGGGAAUUGGAGGGUGAAGAGAAUCCCAUGAAGCGACAGGCGAUGGAGGAGGAUAAAAAGUUAGAGUGGAAACUCCACCUUGCCCGCAAGAGGAAAAGAAGAUUGGAGGCGGCCGAGAAAGUGGAGGAGGAUUCGAGGGCAGCGGAAGUAGAACAUGGGAAGUUGGCAGCGCAAAUCGAUCUCCAAAGGAAGGUGGAGAUCCUAUCACAGAGUGUAGAGGUGCCAAGAAUAGUGGGCCCCAAAGAAGAAGAGGCCCGGCCACGUAGAAAGCGCGUAAAGGUCAAGUUUCCUGAUCACUAUAGUGGGAAAGCUGGAGAGGAUUUUGACAACUGGGAGGCGAAUGUGAACUCCUAUGUGCAUCUUCAGAAUAUUGCGCCCGAGGACCAGGUCCUUGUCGCCUUUCAUGGCCUUAAAGAUGAAGCAACCAAUUUUGCCAGAUCGUUAGCCCUCGCUGCCAAAUGCGAAAACGAUAUGGUCACAUACUCCAUCCUUACCCCCCUCAGUGAAUUCCUCAGCGCCCUGCGAGAGCGUUUCACAGAUGUCACUAGGGGCCUCAGGGCUUCUGACAAGUUGCAAACUGUCCACACGAGACAGUGGAAGAGUGCUAGGGCGAUGAAGACCGCCAUGGAUGAGCUUGUUGCCGUUCCUGGCCAUGGGGUCAUUGAGCCCCAACUGGUCCAAUUAUUUUACCGCACUAUGCCCGAGAAGUUGCAUGGGCAUUUCUUUGAUAGAAAGCAGCAACCCAACAUGACGUAUGAUACGCUAAGUAGGGAGGUUGUUGCCUUCGAGGCUCGGUCCAUGCCAGUUACCACUUUCUGGCAUAAGGACCUCGCCAAAGGGAAAAAGUGGAAAGGCCACACCAUCACCAGUCAGGUCAAGGCUAAAGAUAGCCUUAUUCUUACAUUAGAUGAGGGUGGUCUAGAAGAGGUCCCGUAUAGUGAGCUUGAGCGGGGCCUUGAUGAGGAAGAUAGCGGCACUGGCCAAGGGAGGACCUAUGCUGCUGUCGCGGUCGGAGGGAGCCGCAAGGGAAAGGAAGGGGCCAAGGCCAAAGGGGCCAGGCCUCUGGUGGUCGAGGGCAAAGCGGCCAGGGGGUUGGCGAGAGGGGAAACCGCCAAGCAGGAGGACGGGGUCAAGGUCUUGGAGAAGUUGAGGGAAGAUAACUUCAAGAUCAACGCGAAGAAGUGCGAGUGGGCCAAGACGCAAGUCCUGUACUUGGGCCACGCCUUAGAUGGAGAUGGCAUAAAGCCUGAGGACAGUAAAAUCGCAGCAAUUAGAGACUGGCUGACUCCCCACACGCUGACAGAGUUGCGGUCGUUCCUAGGGUUGGAAAAUUACUUUAGAAAGUUCGUUAGGAACUUUUCUACCGUCGCUACACCCCUUCGUAGAUUGCUAAAGAAAGAGGCGAUAUGGAAGUGGGACAAAGAUUGUACAUCAGCCCUGAAGAAGUUGAAGCGGGCUUUGAUAGAGUACAUAAUCCUCAAGGUAGCCGAUCUAUCCCUUCCUUUCGUUGUUACUACUGACGCCAAUCAGUACGACAUAGGCACUGUUUUACAACAAGACGAUGGCAAUGGGUAUAGACCCGUAGAGUUCAUGUCUGCUAGGAUGCCUUCAGAGAAGGUAGCAACAUCAACCUAUGAGAGGGAACUCUACACUCUCAGGCAAGCAUUAGACCACUGGAAGCACUACUUGCUUGGGAGGCACUUCAAAGUGUAUUCAGACCACGAGACGCUGAGGUGGUUGAAGACACAAGCCAAGAUGACACCUAAGCUUACUAGGUGGGCCGCAUAAAUAGACCAGUUCGACUUUGAGCUCAAGCCUGUA